AUGAUUUGUCAAGAAACAGAGUUAAAGGAGUUAUUUAAGAGAGAACACUUUCACUUUGUCCGAAAUCCUUAUAUCAAAGAGAAAAUUGAAAUAUUGGUCGAUAAUCCUUACCUCGAAUUUACUAACCUUUGCCAAAUUCCUUUAGGCAAAGAACCAAGAUUAUACGGCAAUCUCCAAAAG